AGAUCGCUGAAGAAAGAGGAGCAGGAACGAGCAGUCACCCCCUCCAUCCCCCACCAGGAGCUGCAUUACUGUAGCCUAGGAGCAGACCACCACAGGGCUAUGCUCACUUUGGACAAUUGAAUUCUACAUGGAGAUCCCUGUAUCUGGAGCGGAGCUGGCUGCUAUGCUUAGCUGACCACAAGACAUGUUGAGUAGAAUGGACACCAGAUGCAAUAUGUCCUGAAGAGAAGCCAGAAACAAAUGCAAACUGGCCAUGUUUCACAGGUAGUACCUCCUCCUAUAAAAUGCCUCCCACUCUGUCGGAUCCCAUGGACAUCUGGGCGGACGAUUCACAGCAUUCUCCAAAAGUGUCUGUGGAUGUCUUACUCCCCACUGGAAUCUAUGUGCAGAUGAAGGUGCCACGGGAUGCUUCCAUAUCACAGAUUAAACAGCUUGUGUGGAAGGAUGCACAAAGCUACCCCCUCUUCCAUCUGCUCCUGGAAAUCGACUCCUAUAUGUUCCAGUGUGUCAACCAGACAGCUGUACAUGAGGAACUGGAAGAUGAGAGCCGGCGGCUCUGUGACGUACGACCCUUCCUGCCUGUCCUUAAGCUGGUGACCAGGAGCUGCAAUCCUGCGGAGAAGCUAGAUUCCAAGAUAGGAGUCUUGAUAGGAAAAGGACUCCAGGAAUUUGAUGCCCUUCAGGAUAAUGAGGUCAAGGAAUUUCGGAGUAAGAUGAGGAAGAUCAGCGAAGACAAGAUCCAGUCCAUGCUUAGCUUGACCUGGUUGGAAUGGCUUAAAUGCACUUUUCCUCCUGAACUCGAUCCUUCCAUACAGGACAAAGUUCAGGACAAGACUUCUGGUAGAAACUUGGUGGUGGCCAUCCACUUUGAAAACUGCCAGGAUGUCUUCAGCUUCCAGGUUUCCCCAAACCUAACCCCUGUAAAGUUGAUUGAAUUAGCUAUUCGCAAGCGGUUAACUAUCCAUGGCCGAGAUGAUAACGAUGUGGAUCCAGAAGAUUAUGUACUCCAGGUCAUUGGGAGACUGGAAUAUGUAUUUGGGGACUAUCCUCUAUUACAGUUCCAGUAUAUCGCAAACUGUGCCGUGAAUAAGACGCUCCCAAGGCUCCUGCUAGUUGACUGCUGCAAUAUUAAGAAGAUGUUUGACCAAGAAAUGAAUGCCAUCGAACUAGCAGUGAAGAGGAAAACCUCUGGGCCACCCUUGCCAUUGCCCCCCAAAACCCGUGGUGCCUCUGUGAUUUCCAAGAGUGUGUGGGAUUUAAAUGAAACGUACAAGAUUACCCUGAUAAAGGGGAGCAAACUGAACACAGAAGAUACAGUUGUGGUGCGGGCAGGCUUAUUCCACGGCACUGAACUGCUGUGCAAAUCCUUUAUGAGUUCUGAAGUGCCCGUGAAAAGUGACCAUCUGUGGAAUGAGACACUUGAAUUUGACAUUUUUGUGUGCGACCUGCCACGUAUGGCUCGCCUCUGCUUGGCUAUCUACACCGUACUGGACAAGAACAAGAACAAGAAAGGCAACAAAGCUUCUAACCCCAAAUACCAAACCAUUAAGAAAGCAGGGAAAAUGCAGCACUCUCCUGUGGCCUGGGUGAACACCAUGGUGUUUGACUAUAAGGGACAGCUGAAGACGGGGGACCACGUGCUGCACGGCUGGUCAUCGUUUCCCGACGAACUUGAAGAAAUGCUAAACCCAAUGGGAACCGUCCGGACCAAUCCUUUCACUGAGAACGCCACAGCGCUGCAUAUUAAAUUCACUGAGUACUCUAAAGUAGGGAUUUAUUACCCUCCAUUUGACAAGAUACUUGAAAAAGCCGCAGAGAUCGCUCGUCAGAGUGACAGCAUCAGUAUGUCGGGGCGUGGAGGAAAAAAAUUUAAUAUAGAGCUGAAGGAGAUCAUGGAGAGGGAUCCACUGUGCCAGUUAUGUGAAAACGAGAAGGAUCUUAUUUGGACAUUGCGGUACGACUGCCGGGAGAAUUUCCCUUGCUCGCUCCCUAAAUUAUUACUGUCUGUCAAAUGGAACAAGUUGGAAGAUGUUGCCCAGCUUCAGGCCUUGCUGCAGAUUUGGUCCAAGCUUCCUCCCAGAGAUGCUCUAGAGCUGCUUGAUUUCAACUACCCUGACCAGUAUGUAAGGGAAUACGCUGUCAACUGUCUGAGGUUGAUGAGUGAUGAGGAAUUAUCCCAGUACUUGCUGCAGCUGGUCCAAGUUCUCAAGUAUGAGCCUUUCCUGGACUGCGCACUCUCGCGUUUCCUGCUUGAGCGGGCGCUGGCUAAUCGCAGAAUCGGGCAGUUCCUUUUCUGGCAUCUCAGGGCUGAAAUGCACAUCCCCGCUGUGUCCGUGCAGUUUGGUUUGCUGCUGGAAGCUUAUUGCCGGGGCAGCGUAGCUCAUAUGAAGGUGCUGUCCAAGCAGGUGGAAGCUCUGAACAAGCUGCGCACGUUAAACAGUCUGAUUAAGCUGAAUGCAAUGAAGCAAAGCAAGGUGAAGAAUAAGGAAACCAUGCAUGCCUGUUUGAAGCAAAAUGCAUACAGGGAAGCCCUCAGUAAUUUCCAGUCACCCCUCAACCCCAGCGUUACCCUCUCUGAACUCGUUAUAGACAAGUGCAAGUACAUGGACUCCAAGAUGAAACCUCUCUGGAUUGUAUACAACAGUAAAGGCUUUGGAGGAGACUAUACAGGGAUCAUUUUCAAAAACGGAGAUGAUCUGCGUCAGGAUAUGCUCACUCUCCAGCUACUUCGACUGAUGGACAUGCUGUGGAAGGAGUCUGGGCUGGAUCUACGGAUAAUACCUUAUGGAUGCCUGGCAACAGGAGAUCGAUGUGGCAUGAUAGAAGUGGUGUCCGCAGCAGAGACCAUUGCAGAUAUCCAGCUUGACUCCAGCAACUUGGCGGCAGCAGCUGCCUUCAACAAAGACGCUCUUCUGAACUGGAUCAAGGAGUGCACUGCAGGAGAUGAUCUGGAGCGAGCUAUUGAGGAGUUCACCCUGUCCUGCGCCGGCUACUGUGUAGCUACUUACGUGCUUGGGAUCGGGGACAGGCACAAUGACAACAUAAUGGUCAGAAAAACAGGACAGCUGUUCCACAUUGACUUUGGUCACAUUCUGGGGAACUUCAAGUCCAAGUUUAAAAUUAAGAGGGAGCGUGGCCCCUUUAUUCUUACUUAUGACUUCAUCCAUGUCAUCCAACAAGGGAAGCCAGGGAACACGGAAAAAUUUGGCAGGUUUCGACAGUGCUGUGAGGAUGCGUACUUGAUCCUGCGUAGGAAUGGAAACCUCAUCAUCACACUCUUUGCACUCAUGCUGACCGCUGGACUGCCAGAACUUAGCUCUGUAAAAGAUAUUCAGUAUGUCAAGGACUCCUUGGCUCUGGGAAAGACAGAAGAAGACGCACUUAAGCAGUUCCGACAGAAGUUUGAUGAGGCUCUGAAGGAGAGCUGGUCAACCAAAGUCAACUGGAUGGCACACACUGUGCGUAAGGAUUACAAGUCCUAGCGGCUCCUUGAUGGCCUGUUCUAUGUCUGUAAUGGUCUGGCUCUACGUUUGUAUCCUGGUCCUGGAAAGAUGCAACUGUACUAUGGAACGGCCGUCCCGGCAGCUACCAUGGGGGAAAUGGUGCCCGAAUGUAUGAUGUCGUAACCAAUUGUUGAUGGUGCCUGAAUGUAUGAGGUCAUUACCAGUCCUUGUAGUUCUUCCUGACUGAGGGAAACUGCAAAAGAGCAGCUGGUGAGAAAGAACUGAAUGUGAGACCAGACGUGUUCAAUUCAAAGACAUUAAUGCCAAUAUUUGUACAGUAGAGGUUGGUGAGGACACUUCUGAUGGACGUAAAAGGGAUAGGACAAUGAUUGCUUGGUGAACAGGAGUUGAGGCCUAGAAUCUCCUUGCCUCUGAGCAAGUCUGUGGUUUUGCACACUUUCAGUUUUGAUAUCCUACUUGAGCCCUUUGUUUGAUAAUCAAUUUUUUUAAUCAACUUUUUUUUUUUUUUUUUUUUUUUUUUAUGAUAUUGUGCCGCCCGUGUGGCUCAACCCUUACAAAUGAUCUUAGAUUAUUUUUUAUUUGACGUCUUCCUGAAAACUUGGUAACUGUUUCAGCUCUGCACUGCCGUAUGGGAUUAUGUCAGGUGCUUAGAGCUUGAUUAUGAAUGUCUUCCAUUCAUUAUUCCAUAUCCGUUGUGGCCUACAGCAAUUUGUUGGAUGUGUUUCCCAGUAUUUUGGGGUUUCUGCUCAUUUAUGAAUUCUCUUAGCAGAAUGAUCACUACAUGUUCUUAUAGUCUGCUUCCUUACUACACUGAAAUCGAUACCUCUUGUACCUUCUUAGUAAGGGGGCUCUUCCAUGCAGGCUGUCCCGGACCUGGAGAACCAGUGUUAACUUAGUGACUACUAGAAAAGGAUAACACAGACCCGCUUUGCUCAAGCUUCGACUUGCCAUGAUGGUAAGAAUGGGCCAUUUUAAUAUUGCUGAGAAAGCAGACUAAUAAGAUGGUAAAAAAUUCCCCCAGGGCUACAUUUCCGCAUCUCAUCUCUAAUAUUUGCAAUGUGCAAUUCUAGGUGCCACAUUGUAGUAAUAGUAUCAUCUGCUGCUGUCACGCCCUGGAGAACGAGGGGGCUGUCUUGUCAUUAAAGCAGUUUUCCAGGAUCCUCAGGAUAGGUCAUGAAUAGUGAUGAGCGAAGCGAGCUUCAUAUGUUACAUCCGAAGUCUUAUUAAUACUGCACGGCGAUCCGUCUCCAUACAGUAUUAGAAUGUAUGGGCUCCGAUGAGCCGAAGUUAGUUAUUCACGAAGACGCGCGUGACUUGAAGCAAUAACUUCGGUAGUUGAUUUUUAAAUUGGAAAACCACUUUCAAACUUGGUACCGAACUCUGCUUCGGUUCUGAGGUACCAGUCGAGACCAGAGUACUGUUU